AUGACACUAAUUCAUACGAACAUAAAUGAAUUACCUCAGAUCGUCCAAGAACUUCGAAAAUCUUUCCGUUCUAACUUAACGGAGCCUUUAAGCUAUAGAAAAAAGCAAUUAAGAAAUUUGUAUCGUAUGUUUGAUGAAAAUGAGCAAGCAAUUUAUGAUGCUUUGUACAAAGACCUUCUAAACAAAAACAUGAGGCUUUCGCGG